AACCCGCGGAGUAAGCAUCGUUGGAAUUCCCCCUGUUGCAGUCAUCAUGUCUAAGUCUGAGUCCCCCAAGGAGCCAGAGCAGCUGCGGAAGCUUUUUAUCGGAGGUUUGAGCUUUGAAACAACCGAUGAGAGACUGAGGAGCCAUUCUGAGCAAUGGGGAACGCUCACGGACUGUGUGGUGAUGAGAGAUCCAAACACCAAGCACUCCAGAGGCUUUGGGUUUGUCACCUAUGCCGCUGUGGACGAGGUGGAUGCAGCCAUGAACGCGAGGCCACACAAGGUGGACGGAAGAGUGGUGGAACCAAAGAGGGCUGUCUCAAGAGAAGAUUCUCGAAGACCUGGUGCCCACUUAACUGUGAAAAAGAUUUUUGUCGGUGGUAUUAAAGAGGACACUGAAGAACAUCACCUAAGAGAUUAUUUUGAACAGUAUGGGAAAAUAGAAGUGAUUGAAAUCGUGACUGACCGAGGCAGUGGCAAAAAGAGAGGCUUUGCUUUUGUAACCUUUGACGACCAUGACUCUGUAGACAAGAUUGUCAUUCAGAAAUACCAUACUGUGAAUGGCCAC